UCGAGCAAACUCGGGCUCUUUAACGCCUUGUGUGCACCGUGAUGGGAAGGCGGGGAGGAGUUGCGCUCGUUUAGGCUGAUUAGCAACAAACAGAAGGGUUACGAGUUUAAAAUGUGGAUUCUUUGACCUCCAAGGUGGACUUUGUUGUCACCACGUCGGUAUGAACUCUUCUCUGUGUUAACCCGGGGCUUGUUGGCACGCUUUCAGGGGAGGCCGGGUGGCUAUUUUGCAACCUUUUUUUUUUUAAUUUUUUUUUAUCGCACCGAUAGCGAAGGCAACCUCGCUUUUAGGUCGUUGGAGGCGGCGAUGGUGAGCUGAUAGCUGCGUCAUCAUGUUGCUUCCGACUCGAGUUGACCGAAAGAAAUCUCAAGUUAACGAAGCCGCCCGCAGUCAUCCAGCUCCCAGGGCCACUCCCGACUACCGGAGGACGAGGCUGCCGGGGGGAGCUUGCUAACGUCCACGGCGGACUUUUUACAUCACUUGGCGCGAUUCCUAUCCUGGCUGCUUCCAUUUAGUAUCUCCACUCGGUGCUGAACAUGUCCGUCGAUGUCGCUUAAUGCAGUUAAAAAGCCACAAAAAAACAACACAAACUAAAGCCAUAUGAAUAUUUGAUGUUUUGGACGAGAAUGUUGUGAGAAGAAGUGAUGCCCUCUAUGACAGACAGGCUACAAAUCAGGAGCCUGCAGUGUAAUACUGAUUGGCACUUUCGCCACUAACCUUUUUAAGACAUUUUAUAAUUCAUUUUCACUGCUCAGACAACCAAUUUUAAAAUUUUAUGGUGUUUGGGCGAGUUUCGGGGGGAUAGUUAGCAGCUUGCCUAUCACACAGGGCAAAGUUUCCUUCUAUCAGGGUACAAAAGACACUCACUAUGGCCGUAAAGGCGACGACCUGUCCCCCCAACCCUGAAACCGCUGCAAACUUCGAGUGGAUCGACGGGCUACUCUACCGAAAGAAGCUAGAAAGAGGCUACAUAAACUACCGGGAGGUUUUGGAUGAGAACCGGAGACUUGAAGCCAUCGCCGCCUUCCACCGGCGACGACAUAGGCAGCGUCACCUCUCCCUGGAGGAGACCUACAAAUGCGUGGCUGAGAACUACUGGUGGGACGGAAUGUACUUUCACAUCAGAGACUUUGUCCUGGGCUGUCCUGAGUGUAGGAGCCAGCAGAGAAAGAAGACAGAGGAGCUAGGUAGCAGAGGAUGCGUCACAAAGACGAUGGCGACACACUGCUCUGACAUGCUCAGCAAGCUGAAGAGUCAGCGGGAGGCGGGGAUGUUCUGUGACAUCACUCUGCGCACUAGCGGGCAAUCCUAUGCCGCACACAAAGCUGUCCUGGCAGCCGUCAGCGAUCACUUCCAGGAAGUCUUUGCAGGGAUGGACUCGAGCAUGAAAGGAGACCUAGAUCUCACUGGCUUCAGCGAGGACAGCCUUUUGUCACUGCUGGAUUUCUCCUACUCCUCCACUCUGUGUGUUCCCUGGAAGGACCUCCCUGAAGUCAUCACCAUGGCUCGCCACCUAGGCAUGUGGCCUGCCGUGGACGCCUGCUCUGCUCUCAUGAAGGAGCACGAACACGUCGUUCAUCCUAACCAGAAUUUAACAAUAAACCACGGCGCCGUUUGCAAUCUGCGCCAUCGCCUGCAGACGGAAGCCAAAAGAAAAAAGGUUAUGGAUUUAGAGGAGAACGAUGGCUUUAAACUAACGCUGGAUGCAUCAGACGAGUCUGUUGAAGGGAGUCCUCGCAGCAAUUUGCGUAGAACGCCAAAUUUGAGAGGUCAUAAUGGUCUCCCCGUGAGUCCCUCACACAGAAUGAAGCUUAUGGACUUUAAAUCUCCCUCAUCCAAGAAGUCAGCUACGUCCAAAAGUAUGGUUACCACGCCACAGUCAAAGAAUUACUCACCCAUAUCGCCAUCGAACACCCGUCUUCUCCGUUCAAGUCCUGGUGCUGCUCAGAAAGUUCAACGAUUGCUGUCAAUGCCGGAAAGCUCUCAACGAAUCAAAAAGAUUCACUCCAUUCCGCAGAUGUCAUGCACCUCUAGAUCCAGGUCCAGUUCGGUUUGUAGCCCAGUUAGAGUGAAGCAGGAAGCGCAAGAGGUGGGAGAGGAUGAGGAGGAUUAUGCCAGAGCGCAGGAGAAGUACAAGCUGAUGAAUGUACUCGGCCUGCAGAGGACCGCCCUCCUCCCCAGACCGGAAGAUCUGAUUGGUUGGAGGCAGAAGAAACGACUCAGGAAGCUUAAAGCCAACAACUACUCGCUGACCAAGCGGCGGAAACCCCGCUGUGCACCACCAGCGCUACCUUUUGGACCUGUGACACUGUCACUUCCCCUCUGCAACCCUGUUAACAGUCUCCUCCUCAAUAAGGUGGGCAAGACCAAGUCUGGUGGUCCACCCAUUAUGGAAAUAAUAACAAAGAGGCAAAAUCCGAAUAUACAAAUACCUCCCAGCGACCGUAGAAUGCGGAGUCAAGGUGUCUUACCAGAUGUGUUCCAACCUGGCUUCAGGGGGAGAGAACUCAGGCGGUCUUUGCGGCACGGUGGCGGUGUCCAUUCUCCUGUCCAGCAGUCUCAGCGGCUCAAUUCCAACAAAACUUCAGUGAAAACCACAGUCAGGAUCAAAUCAGAACCAGCUGAAUACUCUAUCUCAGGUCUCUCUCUUGUAUCAAACAAUCAACAUGUUGGCACACCUCGUAGAUCCACACCCCCUCAGACGAGAAAGGCCAGGAAUAAGGACAUUGUCAAGCCAGUUAAUACGCCACGCUACAACAGCAGCCGGAAGCCCAGACGGGGCAGCGCGAGAGAAGCGGAGGUGCAAAGUAGGCCCAGCAAGGGGCCAAGGAAGGAGGUGGACACAAGGACAACAGUCAUGGAUAAUCAACCUGGUGGGUUCCAGUUCUCAGAGCACUCUUCUCCACCGGCUGUCCACAGCCACCCUUUGUACAAAGUCAUCAAAGAGGAGCCAGCAGAUCCAGUUCCAGUUGCCGUACCUUUCUCAGAACCUUCAUCUCCAGACCUAGGCAAGCGCCAGAGCAAACCCCCCAUCAAACUACUGGACUCUGGCUUCCUGUUCAGCUUCUGUCGGCCGUCCGGAGUUCCCAUGGCGGGGAUGAAGAAAGAGGAAGAGAGUGUAGAUAUCUGUUUGACGCGCUCCGUGUCACAAGUCGGUGAGAAAUUUGGAGCCAGCCCCAGGGCAUUGAGAGCCAGAGGACCUCCAUCUACCUUGGCAGUGGUGAAGAGGGAGGAGGAGGAGAGGCGUGUGAGCCAAAGCCGGGUUCAGAGACCGAGGUCCAGCCCCAGAAACAACACUGUACCUCUGGCCAGUUCCAGGAGGGCAAAGGCUGCACUCAUCAUACCUAAGAAAGAGCCUAAAGCCCACAAUGUGAGCAACAGGGGCUGUGUCGUGAUUGACUCCUCCGUUCAUCGGGCAAGGCUAAAGCAGCUGAGGGGCCCACGCAGCCAGGCCCCAAAAGUCCCAAAAGCGGCACACGCCUGCCUGCAAUGUGCCGCUACCUACAGGGACUGCGAUGCUCUCAUCAUGCAUCGCCUCAGGCACGUUCAGGGAAAGCACUGGCCGUGUCCGCUUUGUAGUAAGACCUUCUUUCGACUGAGGAAUGUACGGAGCCACAUCCGAACCCACGAUCCCAAGUUAUACAAAUGCAGGAGCUGCAUUAUCGCAGGUUCCUGAGGCGACGUCGUCAGCAACACCGUGUGCAUAGGCGCCAAAUAUGAGAGUCCGACAUGACCAAGCGGGGGAAGAGGAAGUUACAUGAUCGAUCCGAAGCUUGUACAUAAAAGGAUCCGUCAUGAACCCAAGCACAACGGUCUGUGAAGAAGGAGUGACUGCGAUUUGAUUUCUAAUCCGAUAGCGGUUGGUUCUCAAAAAAGAUAUUUAAGAAACCAAACCGAGGUCGCUGUGUCCGUUUCCCAAAAAAAAAAAAAAAGUUCAGACUUGAACGUUACACUCAGGGGGCGGGGAAUGUGACGCCACCUUGAUCUCACACAUACAUGCAUACACACACACACACACACACACGUCAUGUUUGUGUAUAAAAAUGAAAAAGGUAAUUGUUUUAACUGUUAUAGCGCUACAUACUUGUCAUCAAUCCUAUUUGUAUAGUUAUAAUUUGGAGUGCACUUAUAUAUUUACCCUAUUUGUAAACCUAAGAGCUGGUGAUGAAUUUAGAAGGUUCGGGGAGGGGUUGGAACGUCCGCAAUGGUUAAUACUUGAAGUGAUGCAAGCGUCUGGAGGGAAUACUUGAAACCUUGAAAGGUGGGGGAUUGGGACGGUCCUUUGGGUGUUUCAUUAGGUCUUUUGUCCGUUUAGGUGUGCUUAACUUCUUUAUGACUUCAGUCGGCGCUGCCGCCUUCCUUGGUUGGAAACUACUUACAUAAUCGAUGCAUUGGGACUGUUAACAACGCUGCACGUGCAUUUGUUUUUUUUGCAACAUGACCGUGUCCACACAGGAGUUUUAGCCAACCAUUUUACCAACUUUAUAAUUCAAGCCGUUUUAUUUAGGACUUCCCUCCUCCUGAAUAAAUGCAAUGUGCACAUAAAGAGAUGUUUAUGGUUCACAAAUUGAUUUGGAAAAAUCUUUGCUGUCAAAAGACAGAAUAAAUACAUUUUGGAUUUUUAUAUUGUUGCUUUAAUUACCUAACCUCGUAUACUUCACAUGUGCUGUCUCUAUUGCGUGAGACAGAUUUAUAUUUGACGGAUAUUUAACGGGGUUCUGUUCAAAAUAAAUGCACAUACAUUUAGACGACUAAGAGUAUUUAUGUAAAAUGAGAUGGCCAUGUGGUUUGGACUUGUCCCAAUUAGCAAACAUUUUAUUGUCUUGGAGGUUCUGAAAUGGAACAAGUUUUAAAUACAUUGCUGUGCUUCUGUGGCUGGUUCAAAUUGUAUCAAUAAAUCUAUAAAUUAAUAUCAA